CGGGGCGAUCAGUCCUCGCUGUUCCGCUGCCACCUGUGUGUCGUGUGCAACAGCUUCAAAUACAAUCUCUGAAUGGAAAAGGGUAAAGUUCCUCUGUUAUGGAGUAUCUUAUGAAGCUAAACAGGUGUAGAUAUUUUUAUUAUGACAAGCGUGUGUAAUCUUGUAAAAUAAAAUAAACCAAAGAGGAGGAAGAUGUUGAACAAAAGGAGGAAAAUCCUACUUUUAUUAUGUGGAUGCAGUCUGCUGUUGUCGUUUUACCAUCUACGGGAUUACGAAUAUGAUAAGCUAUAUGAGCAAAAUGUGAAAGACAAUGUGCAGGAACUCGUGCAACGCGUGCAGAAGAUAUGGAUUUUAGAGCAUGAGGACGACUCCCCGAGCACCAGGACCCCGCUCCCGGAGACUACAACGCUCUCUGACGCGACGACCCAACGUUUCCCUGUGGAUCCGGGGCGAGGAAAGGCGAAUUUUACAGGAGACAAAUCGGAAGUGGCAUUCCCGAGCACGACGAACUGCAGCAAAGACCAAAACCCGAAGAGCACGAGGAAGAAAGGGCCGUUUGUGCCCACCCUGUACGGGUACCCAUGCAGGAAGUGGCAAGCUUCUUCUCCCCGCAAUCGCUUGUGGCCAGCGGUUCUCCCUCCAAGCAAGGGUUCUGUUCUCGAAGAAGCUUACGUUCGCUUCUCAGACUCCAAGGUGCUGGACCUGGUGGACGUGCAGAUGGGCGUCCAGCGGCGCCGGCUGCAGCACCUGACCAGCACCUGCCUGGCCCACCCCCAGCUCGCCGUCCGACAGCACCUGACCCUCGUGUGGGGCAGCAAUCGCUCGCCUCCCAUUGUGUACUGUCCCAUCUAUAAGGCGGCAUCGACGACAUGGUUCGUGUACUUCCUGCGACUCGCUCACGUGAACGACGACAAUCCCAUUCUGGCUCUCUACAACGAGACAGAGCGCGAGAAGAAGAAGUACAUGCCUCGAUUUGGCGGCGGACACCGACGCGUGUUCGAGGAGUUCCGCGCGCCGAACGCCACGUGGGAGAAGCACAAGGUGUUCCGCAAGGCCCUUCGCUUCAUCGUGGUCCGGCACCCCUUCGCCAGGUUACUCUCCGCAUACCGGGACAAGGUCCAGCGAAGCGACCCACGCCCAUUCAUGGCGUACUUUAAGGACCUGCAGCGAGCAAUCAUUGCCAAAUACCGCCCAGUCAACAGCACUGAAAACUCCGCCACGCCCACAUUCCCCGAGUUCAUUGAGUACUUGAUCGAUUCAACCGCCAACCUGACGACUGCCCAAGACUGGACCGUGAACGUCGUGUGCUGGACGCCGUACUGGGUGCAGUGUGGCGUCUGCUCCUCCGAUUACCAGGUCGUGCUCAAGCUGGAGACGAUGGCGGAGGACGAGCAGUUCCUGGCUCACGUGGCGAACCUGAAGGAGAUCCAGGAAGUUCACGAGUGGAGGAACCUGAAGAAGUUUGCGGUUUCGUCCGUAGACCUGGUGCCUGAGUAUUACAAGCAGAUAACAAAGAGACAAAUGUAUUUGUUAUAUGAAAGAUAUAAACUUGAUUUCCACUUGUUUGAUUACGCAAUCGAUGACUACUUGGAGUACGCGAUGAAAAACUAGUCUAUUUAAGCAUUUGAUUAAAACAUCAAGACUUUU